AACGUAACUUGCUAGACCGGUUUGACUGACAGCUGAACUGACCACUGCGGUUAAUGCUACCACGCACACAACCGAACAUGCUAACUAGCGCACUAGCAGCUAGCUGCCGACACAACAACAGCUGAGAGGAAGCAGCGCCAGGAAAGCAGAGCUGAUGAGGUCCAGGAUUCAUAAUAAGAUGUGUUUGAGCCGGGCUCUUCUCACCGGCUGGGUCUUGCUGCUGGUCCAGGUGCUGUGUUUAGAGGCCGUGCCCAUCAGUAUAGAUAAGACAAAAGUCCACGAGCCUGAGAAAAAAGAACCGGAAGAGCCUCCAGCUAGUGUGGACACUGGACUCCACUAUGACCGCUACCUCAGGGAAGUCAUCGAUUUUCUAGAGAAAGAUCAGCAUUUCAGGGAAAAGCUCCACAACACAGACAUGGAAGACAUCAAGCAAGGUAAACUGGCCAAAGAGCUGGACUUUGUCAGCCAUCACGUCAGAACAAAACUGGAUGAGUUGAAAAGGCAGGAGGUGAACCGACUCCGAACUCUGAUUAAAGCAAAGCAAGACCUAGAAGGAGGGAAUGACAUAGCAGUGGACCACCAGGCUCUGCUGAAACAGUUUGAGUACCUAAACCACAUGAACCCUCACACGUUUGAAGUGGAUGACCUGGAUCGGCUCAUCAAAUCGGCAACAAAUGAUCUGGAGAACUUUGACAAAGAGAGACACGAGGAGUUCAAGCAGUAUGAAAUGAUGAAAGAGCACGACAGACGGGAACACCUGAAGACACUGGAUGAGGACGAGAGAAAGAAAGAGGAGGAGCACUAUAAGGAGCUGAGGAAGAAGCACGCCGACCAUCCUAAAGUCAACCACCCGGGUAGCCAGAAUCAACUGAAAGAGGUGUGGGAGGAAGCUGAUGGCUUGGACCCUGAAGAUUUUGACCCUAAGACCUUUUUCAACCUUCAUGAUAGCAAUGGAGAUGGCUAUUUUGAUGAGCAGGAACUAGAGGCCUUGUUUACUAAAGAGCUGGAAAAAAUCUACGACCCCACCAAUGAAGAGGAUGACAUGGUGGAGAUGGAAGAAGAGAGGCUACGUAUGAGAGAGCAUGUUAUGAAUGAGGUGGAUUCUAACGAAGACAGGCUGGUCUCUUUAGAUGAGUUCCUAGUUGCUACUAAGAAAAAAGAAUUCUUGGAGCCAGAUAGCUGGGAGACUCUGGAGCAGAACCAGGCCUACACAGACGAGGAGAUGCGGGAGUUUGAGGAUCACCUGGUUCAGCAGGAACAGGACCUCAGCGAAAAAUCUGUCGACCUCCAGAAACAAAGAGACGAGCUGGAGAGGCAGCAGGAGCAGCUAAAUGCACAGAAAAUAGAGCUGCAACAGGCUGUAGAGCAUAUGGAACGGUUAAAACAACAAAAAAUAGAUCCCCCUCCAGAGGUUCACGUUGAGGGAAAUGCUAUCCCAGAGGUGCACGAAGUUGACAACCAGUUACAUUAUGAACAACAGGCCCAACUGCCAGAGCAUCAUUUUGAACCCCAAGAUCCUCAAAAUAUACCUCUGGAACACUAUGAACAACAACAACAACAACACCAUCAGGACCUGGCCCAGCAAGGUCAGCCCCAGGCACACCAGGAUCUGCCACCAGGCCACCAGGAGGCUGCACAGGGCUUACAUAACAUACCAUAACAAUGCUGUCAGAACUUGAAGCACCACUAGCAGACUAUUUGAAGCACCUCCACUCCAGCGUGCAGAGGAGCAGUUCCUCCUGAGUACUAGGCCUCUUUAACCAGCAUGACUCUUAGGUUUGGAAGAAACUCGAGAUGAAUGAGAGCGACACAAGGAGAGCUGAAUAAUACCAGUGUUUGAUAAUUGUAAUCCUUAGAUUACAAAAAGGAAUUACAAAUGAUAAAAUGAUCAACCAAGGCUGUGCAUCCUAAAAUGUGCAUAUUUACAUUUUCCAGGAGUGUUUAUUACAUUAGAAAUGUUUGGUAAUACAAUUUUACAAAAACAAUUCUGGUGAGCUUUCUUUACCUGCUGUUUGCUUUUCAAGAUACAGAACCUCUGACAAUGCCAUGCUACCAGCUCUCCAAGCAGAGGGGUUUGAGACAAGAGCCGGUUGGAUAUGUGCGGUGAAGCUGUUGGGGGGGAAUGAGGUGUUAAAAGUCAUUUAAAUUUACUAUCAAAAUCCCCCCAAACAUCUCUAAGAAGCAAUUAAUUUACAUGUGUGUCUUGUGGUGAAACGUAUUCCACUGUACUCAAACAGAACUGGACUGCAAUAUACAUUUUGAGAAGAUUUUUCUAAACUGCGAAAGAAGCACUAAAGCAAGUGUAAGCUGUAUACAGUGUAUUGAUGCACUAAACAGAUCAAAUUCAACAUAAAAGUAAAGGACUUUUGUAAUCGUAAUGCAAGUGACGGGACAGAUUUAUGUAGAAAAGGCUUUUUUCUGCUUUUGUCUGCGACUUCUACUGUCACCAAACAUUACAACCUUUAACUCGAAAUGUCCUCAACUAGUUCUUAUCCUUCCAAGAGUUACCAUUACCUUUGCUACUUUCUUAAUCUUGAUUCCUGUCAGCUGUUUACCUACCUUGAAACAUAUUUUCAUGUGUAUCGUCAGACUUUUUACUGCAGAAAAUGUGAUCAAUGCUUAAAAGCCAUCGGAUACAGAAACAGGCUUUUUUUUGGGGGCUCUCUGCAGCUUCUCCCGGAUCACUCUGAUGUCAGAAUCUGAAAAAGGUCUUUUUUUUUAAAUAAGCAUAGGUAAGGAACCUCUCACAUUCAACAAAUAUUGCAUUUUUAAUUUGUUUCAAUAAAGCACUUUUGCUGGUUAAGUUGUAUACUUUUACAAAAUGUUUACGAUCCACAUUUUUUUGGAACGAACUGCUGGAUCUGGUAAAUUGUUUCGGUAAAUUUAAAGCUAAAAAAAAGACUAAGCACGUAUUCAGUGAGAGCCGAGUCUGAUCUCACCACUGUUUUUCGUCUGGUAAUUUUGGUUAAAAUCAUAUCUUGAAAACCUCUGAAUUUUUCACUUCACAACAAUGCAUUUGGCACCAUGUUUUUUACUUGUCAUGUCAUAUUUUCCUCACAAUAAAAAGUCUGUACUUGUA